GGGUAAUGUUGUUCUUUUAUUUUUAACGAAGCUUUUUGUUUUUUGUCGAUGAGUUUUUUGUUCAUUACUGAGCAGCACGAUGACCAAGCUUCUCUAAGUUGAUUAAACUUUGGCAUAUUUGGAUAAAUAAUUUUACGUCAUAUGUUUAUGAGCAAAACCAGUUGUUGAAGUCAUUCAAAGUGCAGUGGAACUAAUCCAGUCCAAGCUACGUGGCUUGUUCAAAAUCAAACUCUCAUCUGGAUGCAUGAGAAGAAAUACACAGAACAAAACUUAUGGCUCAGAUUUCAUUCUUUUUCUUCCCUGCCAUUUUCCUACUUCACUCUUUUUUUAGGCUGAUGAGCUUUACUCCAUGAAACAUAACAUCAGGUGGCAAUAAACAACUCUUCCAACUUUUUUUUUAAAAAUCCUAAUUUGCAGCCAAAACCAGGGAGCAGGUUCAUCAGGGGGUUCAAGCUUUUCCAGAGAAGCAUCAUUACUGUGUGUCACAGCAUCAUCAUCUGAGCCAACAACAAUACCUUUUUGCUUGGUACACUGGCUCUCAAUUCUCAUCAGUCUAAAAUCAUUCUAAUUUCUUGCAAAUUUGUUUACAUAGUCCAUAGCACACCCACUAUGGUUUCAAAAACGGGUAUGAACUGCUCGUUUGGACAGAACCCGUUAACCCGAUACACUCGAACGGCUGCUGGUUCGCACGAACGGGCGGCUUCGUUUUUUACAAAAUUACCAAUCCAAUUGGGGGUUAUGGAUUGGGGCUUUCCAUCGAUCCUCGUAUCCACGCUUCAGGUGAACCGACUGUCUUCCUCGACGCACCUCCGCCCGCCGGAUCUCCAUCUCCCGCGGCGACCGCCGUCCUCCGAAACCAGUAGGUACAUGUCUGCAUAUGAGAAUGUUGUCGGUGGGAAGCUUAAGCUGAAAGGAAAAAGAUUAGAUGUCAAGGCAGGUGGGGUAAAGAAGAAAAAGAAGCACAGGCAUCAUUAUGAUCAUGAGUCACAAAUUGAAAAACAUGAGAAUCCAGCUGCCGACAUGUUUGGGGAUGGACAUCCAUCUGCUCAUGAUGACCACAUCACACCAGCUGAGAGACGGUAUCUUGAACAGAGGGAAAAGAUUGAUAUGCAUAUGCUGGCAAAAAAUCCAAGUAAAUCACAUCGCAACCAGAUUCAGGACUUGAAUCAGUAUCUGGCAAAUCUCAGUGAGCAUUAUGACAUUCCCAAAGUGGGUCCUGGUUAGCUUAAUGAACCAAUACUGAAAGCAAACUGGCCCACCUUCGGAAUUCUGUUGUGCAUUGUGGGUGGUGGUGUUUCAUUUGUCCACUUGUAUUGAGACCUUUGAAUAGAUCCCAUUUAUGUUUUGAAGACAGACCAUGCCUAUCUGGGAUGUCAGUUUUAAUGUUUGUUGAUCACUGCACAGAUGUUUAAUGGCCUUUACUAGUUUUGAUUACGAUAGAUUUCCUUUUGCAAA